GACUAUUUAUGAACGGACCAUGUGUGCGGAAAAUGCGUGCUUUGCUCACUGAGGUCAACUAGGAGUUAAUUUCUUUGGUCAUUUUCAGGCAUUGAAACUAAUAUAUUUUAUCAUUAGUAGAUAAUCUGGGGUUUCAUACCAGGGUAUACUGUGACCGGGUGUUUGUCCACUUGCAAUCAUGGUGAAAAAGAAGCGGCUCCGUCUCAUCGCAGAAAUGGCUCGGAAGAUCCGGGCGUACCGGGAGCUGAAGUUUCGGCCGAAGGAGUCGCAGAAGUACGCCCUGGACUACGAGAAUAUGAGGCGGCCUCUCACUGGGAAGAUGCUGCCCGUGUUGGCCUGGCAGGACGUCCGCAGGGAGAGCCGCCUCUUCUCCCUGCUGGCGGGGAUGAGGCUGUUCGGAGUCGGCCGCAUGUUCACCCGUAAGUCUUGGUUGGAGGAACACCCAGAGCCCAGCUACUGGGAGAUUACCAAGGUCAAGGUGGACUACACAGCUGAGAACAUGGAUCAUGGCAAAGCAUGGGGAAUCCUCACAUAUAAAGGCAAACAGGAAAAAGAGGUGAAAGAGGUGGAGAAGGUGAUGUACCACGACUGGCGCCUGAUUCCCAAAGGCAUGGAGCAGCAGUUCAAGGACUUCCAGCCCCUCCCAGAGCCUCCGGUGCGCUACGUUCCCUACCCUCCCCUGCUCCGUGCCAUGAUCCUGGCACAGCGUGGGAGAGCUGGAGGCAGGGUGGUGACAGAGGAGCCGGCCUUGCCCUUACAGAGGAAUGUGGUGUUCAACGUAGAAUAUUUCCGCAAACAGGAAGAAGAGAAUCGGAGGAAAGAGGGGACAGCGGUGUGAACCAGAACGGUCUUUUCAAGGACUCGUCUGAGCCGCUGCCGAGUGCUGGACUCAAAUAAGGUUUCUUUAUAAUCUCAUAGAGAACCGUGUAUGUUUGUGUGUGCUAAAUAUUAAAAGCGGGAUCAAACCGGCUCCU